AUGGCUGUAUUGUCGACUCUUAAACAAGAAACGAUUAUCACCUCCCUAUUGUACUUGUGCAUUUAUUACAUUGGUUUGAUUGUAUAUCGUCUCUUCUUCAGCCCUAUCGCAAACAUACCAGGUCCUAAGCUUGCUGCUAUUACCUCUUGGGUUGAGGUAUAUUGGGAUGUAGCAAAGGGCGGAAGAUUUGUAUUCAAGAUUGAAGAGUGGCAUAAGAAAUAUGGCCCAAUCAUUCGUGUUUCUCCAACGGAGGUACACAUUCGCGAUGCAGAGUUUUACAAUGAGCUCUUUAACGCCAAGUCAAAGUUCAACAAACUGCCGCAACACGUAAAUCGCUUUGCACACCCACAAGCCUUGUUCGACACAAUCGACUACAACCAUCAUCGCCACCGCAGAGCAGCUGUUGCUCCUUUCUUUACUAGGCAGAAAAUCAUAGACUUCAGCUCUUACACAGACUCCCGAAUCAACAAGCUGUGCACUAUCCUCGAGACGCAGUAUAAGGGUACCGGAAAGGUAAUAUGUCUGAAUGAUGCUUGGGGCGCAUACGUGUCUGACGUGCUCACUUGGUACAUCUGUGGUUUAUCUUACGAUUUCUUAGACUAUCCGGACUUUAAGUCGCCUUUCAUAACCGCUAUCCAGAACUUGCUGCACUCAUUUCCCUUUUCAACAUGUUUUCCCAACGAAGUGAGAGGCCAGAUCAGACGGAUCGUGGCUGGCGACAACGAUGCGAACAAGUAUCUCCAACAUCGCACUGUCUUUCACGAGUUACUCAACUCCAGCUUGAAAAGUAGCGAAUUGACCGAGGAGGUGAUGCAGCAUGAAGGGCAGAGUUUCAUGGGUGCAGGCAUCGACACGACGAAGACAGCGCUCACCGUUGGAAGCUUUUGGAUUCUGAAUAAGCCGGGAGUCAAAGCGCGCUUGGUAGAGGAGCUUGUGAGAGCGAUGCCUAACCCCAAGAAUCUGCUACCUCUCACCGAACUUGAAAAAUUGCCGUACUUGUCCGCAGUUGUGCAAGAAUCUCUACGUAUGUCGUAUGGGUUGAGUAAUCGAAUCCAACGUACAAACCCAACGGGUGUCAUUCAGUAUGGCAAAUACAUCAUACCUCCUGGUACAGAAUUCAGCAUGUCAAAUUACCUCCAGGUCACCGAUCCGAAAAUAUUUCCUAAUCCGAAAGAGUUUCUCCCUGAGCGGUGGCUAAAUAGCCCCGUCACAGCGACUGGACGUCCCCUGAGUAUGUAUUUGACCGUCUUUGGCAAGGGCCCACGUAUGUGUCCGGGCAUGAAUUUUUCGCUGGCAGAGAUGUAUCUUGGUCUCUCAGGGUUGUUCAGAUUGGCAGAUUUGGAGCUGUAUGAGACAGAUAGGAGCGACGUGGAUAUGGCGGGCAGUUUCUUCGUGCCUCUUCCCAAGGCGAGCAGCGAGGGAGUGCGUGUGAUUGUGAAAUGA